CGCUUCUGUCAAUUUACAGCUGUUAUCGUGCUAGUGUGAAGUUUUGUGUUUUAAAUGUUAAAGUUUUAAUUUAUGUAACAAUUUACUUCCUCUAGCAACUUCAUGAAAGUUAUUUAAACAAAACUAAGCAAUAAUUAAAGACUAAAACAUGAGUGAACAAGGUGCUUCCAAAACCGCGGAUAAAAAUUUAAACGAAAAUGUGACAGACAAUCCAGUGCCUCAGGAACCCGCCACCGCGGGUGGCGGCGCCACCGGCGACGAAGUGCCUAAAAUGUCGAACAAACUAAGUGCAAGUACGACGUCAUUGGAAAGUGUCGGAUCGACCUCUUCGAUAAAAUCUUACAAAUCGGGAAAAUCCGGAAUUAGGCCCCCAAGUUCCAGGAUAGGACGCCCCUGUGCGGGCCAACACAAGCCUGCCGUCCCCACGUCCCCCCCAAAAACUGGUAGCACUGCUUCCUCCACGGACGCCAUCUGGGACCCGUAUUCGAGACGUCUCUCUGAAGCUGGCUUAAGUCGCCAUUCAGAUUCCAGUGCCGUCCUUACAGAAGACACGGAUAGCUUUAUCAUCGGCCAAAGGGUUUGGGUUGGGGGUUCGAAACCCGGUAAAAUCGCCUUCAUAGGGGAGACUCAGUUUGCGCCUGGGGAAUGGGCUGGUAUAGUCCUAGAUGAGCCUAUCGGUAAAAAUGAUGGCUCUGUAACCGGUAUAAGAUAUUUUCAAUGCGAGCCCAAAAAAGGUGUUUUCUCACGCCUGACAAGAUUAACCAGAGUACCUUUGGAUCAACCUGGUAUGGGUUCCGGUGAUAACUUUACUUCUCCGACACCAAAUAAUGGUUUUAAAAGUCCCAUAUCACCCACAGGAAGUCACAGGAGUUUGCCAAAAUCACCUUUGUCUAUAAGUGGUUCAAUUACUAGCCUGGCUUCAACCGCCCACAUUGAUUAUAAACUUGGCGAUAGAGUUAUAGUGAAAUCCAGCCAGGGUAGUAAAAUAGGUCAUGUUAGAUACAUCGGUUUCACAGAAUUUGCCAAUGGUGAAUGGGUGGGUGUUGAGCUCGAUAACCCCCAGGGCAAAAACGAUGGUUCCGUUAACGGAAAAAGGUACUUUGACUGUCAACAAAAUCACGGGCUGUUCGCGCCACCCUCAAAAGUAUCAAAAAGUCCCAGCAAAGUCAAGCCUGGGUCUUGUCAGGUUCACCCCAGUGGCGGGUUACCUCCAUCUGGGUUAAGACGCGCCAACUCCAAAGAGUCCAUGGCCUCUUUAGCGUCGAUAACAAGCGCCGCCAGUGGCGUGCGAAGGGUAAGGUUAGCCAAUAACAGCCUAAGUCCGGUCAAGAACGUAACCCCCAGAAGUUCCGCGACCCCUCUCCCCACACGAACGGCUCUACAGGACGUCCUAAAAGAAAAACAACAGCACAUCGAGCAGCUGCUAAAAGAACGUGACCUCGAACGCGCUGAAAUCACAAGAGCGGCCAGCCAAGCAGACGAAGCCGAACAAAAAUACGCGCAGCUGAAAUUGGAAUACGAAAAAUAUCGGUUAGAGUGUGAAGCCAAGUUGCAAGAACACAUGAUACUAUUAAAUAAGCUUAAAGAUGAUCGAAGCGAGCUGAUUGCUCAGCUGGAAAAUGAGAAGAGGAAGAAUGAAGAUUUGCAGUUUCAGUUUGAAGAGGCGGCCAUUACUAAAGGAGAUGUCGAGAAACAAGUCUUGUUACAAAAACAAGAAAAUCAAUCCUACGAAGCCAAAAUCAAAGAGUUGGAAGAUACGCUUAUAGCAGAAAGACAAAAAAGCGAAGGGGACGUUUUGAAAACUUUUGAGACUGAAGAGAGCCUUAUGAAAGCACGUGAAGAAAUUAUUGCCUUAAAGAACGAAGUACAGCUUGCUAAGGCUUUAGGUGCUAGCUUGGAAGGGGACAAAGCCUCUACAUCAGAGAUGAUAUCCGCAUUACAAAAAGACUUACAAGAAUCCCAGGUAGCCUUAAAUGAAAAAAUUGAGUCAAUAAAACAAUUUGAAUCAAACUUAACUACUGCCAGUUGUGCCAACGAAAAAUUGAAAGAAGAUUUGGAAGAACUAGGAAAAAAGGUGUCGGAAAUAAACAGUUCUUCGUUACAGAAAGACUCCGAAAUUACCAUAUUCAAAACAGAAAUCGAGAAAUUGCAAAUUUCAUUGAAUGAAAAAACUCAACAGCUCGAAAACUCCAAUGUUGAGUUAAACAAUAUCCAAACCAAUUUGAGUAAAGAGCUCGAUAAGCUUAAGAUGGAGUUAAGUGCCAAAAAUAUAGAUUUUGAAACUAAAUGCGACGAAUUAAAACUCAGUGAAGAGUCUAUAAACAAUUUAAAUAAAGAAUUGCAAAUCCUAAAAUCGGACCUAUCCAACAGAACUAAUGAUUUAGAGAAGUACAAAAAUAAUUUAACUGAUGUGCAAGGCAACUUGCAGAAAGAGCUAGAAAUAAUUCGGGAACAAUUAAAUCUUAAAAAUGAAGAACUAGAAAACAAUAAAACUCAUCUAGAAAAUAUUAUAGCCGGUAAAGAAAAAGAUAUAGCAGAAAAAUCCAGUAAAAUCAGCGAAUAUGAACAAUCUCAAAAAGUAUUAGAAGAACAAGUUAAGAGUGUUCAGAAAGAUUUAAAUAUUAAAAUGCAAGAAUUCGAUGGCAAAUAUGAAGAACUUAAUAAUCUAAUAAGUGUUAAAAACAAAGAUAUUGAGGAAAAAAAUACUUCCAUAAUAAGUCAUGAAGAAAACAUAAAAAAAUUAUCAGAGGAAAUCGAAAUAAUAUCAAAAUCUUCGGAGGAAAGUAGCAAGAACACAAAUGAAAAAUUCUCCAAAGAUAUUACAGAGAAGGACAACAAAAUCAAAGAAGUAACUGAAGAACUGAACUUCAAAAACAAUUUGUUAAUAAAGACAACAGAAGAAAUAAACAAACUGAGAGAAGAUAUCACCAAAAAGAAUACGGAACAUGAAGCAUUAUCAAAAGAUCUUGAAGCACUUAAAUCUCAAUACGAAACAGACUCAAAAGCUAAAACUUCUGAGUUACAAACUCACAUCGAACUCAUCACAGAGAAAGACAAUCAAAUACAAAGUUUGCAGACUGAACUUGAAACUACAAAGUUAGAUUUACAAUCGGUUUCGAACGAUUUAGUUCAGUACCAAAACAACUUAAGCGACGUAGAAAACAACUUGAAGCAAGAACGUGAUAGUAUCAAGGAAUCGUUAAAAGAGAAAAUUGUUGAGUUUGAUGGCAUCAAAAGUCAACUCAGUGGUGAGAUUAUAGAGAAAACUAAGAUUAUUGAACAGGUGCAGUCAGAUAUUAACCAAAAGAGUGUGGAGUUGGAGAAGGUUAUAAAAGAAAUGGGCGAAUUGAAAGAGAAUUCUGAAAAACAGAUUAAGGCAUUACAAGAGAUUCAUAGCAAAGAAAUUGGUGAGGUCACAAGGUCUCUACAAAGUGCCACAGAAAAAUCGUAUGGAUUGUUCAAGGAGAACACCGAGUUGAAAAACCAGUUAGAAAAAGUAAAGGACGAUGAUACAGAUAAGAAAACAGAAAUAGAAAGUUUGAAGGUGAAAUUAGAAGAACUAGAAAAUAAGUACAAACAAGAAACAGAAAGCUACACCAAAUUAAAUAAUGAAAAAUUAAAAGAAAUGCAUGAUGAAGUAGAAAGUAAAAAUACCGAAAUUAAAACAUUGCAUGAAGAAUUGGAAAAACUCAAAAAUGAAUUAAAUCAAGAUUUAUCCAGUAAAGACGAAAAUAUUCAAAAAAUGGUACAACAAAUCAACGAAAAAGAUAAUAAAAUUCAAAAACUAAAAACCGAUUUUGAUGUGAUCAAAACAAAACAUGAAUCUUACCUGAAAGAGAUUGUAGAAGAGCAUGGUAAAUCAACGAGUGAAAUGAAGGAAAUGUUGGAUAUUAAAACCAAAGACUUUGAAAAGCAAAUUGCCGACAAAGAGAAGGAACUUAAUGAGCAAAUUAGUAAUUUACGAAACGAUAUUGAUAUUAGAGAAAAAACGGUUACUGAGUUUAAAUUGGAGUUGGAAAACAAGGCUAAGGAAAUAAGUCAGCUAAAUUUGUCUGUCGAGAAUUUAAGGAGUGGACAAGAGAUGUCCAAUAAAGAAUUAAUGGAAAAACACCAAAAAGAUAUUCAGGAAAAAGAUUUGAAGUUGAGUAAAGUCGAGGAAGAAAAUAAAGUUAAACUAGAGGAAAUUUCCAAACUAUCAAAUGAGAAAUUGGAAAUGUUAGAGGAGUGCAAAGUUAAGAAUCAAGAUUUGGAAAAAUUGCGUGAAGAAAUUGAAGUGAUCAAAAAUGAUCAUAAAAUGAAAGGGGAUGAGAAUAAUAAUUUAAAGGAAGAAUUACAGAAAGUACAAGAAGAAAGAGAAAAAUUAUUAGGUGAUGUUGAAAAAUCGAGUGACAGCAUAAGAUAUUUGCAAGAAACUAAGGAAAAAUUAGAGUCUAAUUUGCAAUCUCUAACAUCUACUUCUGGCGAUUUUAAUGAAAAAUUAUCGAAGAUAAACGAACAAUUAUCCGAAAAAGAAAAAAUUAUCAACGAAUCUAAAACCAAAUAUGACAAUGAAGUGCAAAUUCUGCAAAAAACCAUCACUGAUACACAAAAUGAAAAGAAAAAUUUGGAGCAAAUCCUCGAUAUGCAGAAAGUCGAAUACGAAGAAAAGUUAGUAAAAGCAUCACAAAACGGAGCAAUAGAAAAUUUGGAACGAGAAAAAAAGAACCUAGAAUUAGUUUUAGAUAUGCAAAAAGUCGAAUACGAAGACAAAAUGAAAAAGCUAGAUCAAAGUGGAAAAAUAAACGAAUUAGAAAAAUCGUUGAAGUCCGCUAGAGACUUGCAUCAGUUGGAAGUUACUAGACUAAAAGAAGAACUAACUAAGGCCCAAAAAACUGUUGUCAAUGGGAACACCAAUGCCGCACCAAACGAGGUUCCAUUUCAAAAUAACAAUAUUGAUUACAAGCAGCUCCUGGAAGAGAAAAUUUUCGCCGAGAACCAAGUGUCUUUCCUAAACUCCAUCAUCGUGGACAUGCAGAAGAAGAACGAAGAACAGAAAGCUAGAAUCGAGAUUUUGGAGAUGGGGUACAGUCCUAACGCUGCGGCAGAACUAAAUUUGAUGGGAUAUAAUCCUGAAAGGUUGGUGGCUCCCAGAAUGUAUUGUGAUAUUUGUGAAGAAUUCGAUUUGCAUGAGACUGAAGAUUGUCCCCAACAGGCUUCAGAAGAACCGAUGAUAGGAGACCAAAUGGUUGGUUUGACAGAGGUUAAACAAAAACCACCUCCAAGACCCUAUUGUAAUAUUUGUGAAGUUUUUGGACAUGAAACCGAAAAUUGCACAGAAGAUCAGGAAUUUUAGAUUAAUUUUAUUUGUAAAUAUUAUUUAUUUGUCCAUUUUAAAUCAAGUUAAUUGUUGUUAAUUUUAAAUUACCAUGUUAACUAGUUAAAUAAAACCUAUUUAUAAAUACACAA